GUCAGCAUCCUCCACGAGCCUCAGCAUCCUGAAGCGAGGCAGUAAGUCAUCACCAGCAUCCUCCUCUCCAUCACCACCAUCAUCAGAGGAUUCGGUCCCCAACAUUAGCACCCUGUUCACCUGGCUGUGCGCCUUCUCCUGUCCCUGCUCUGGCGGCUCGUUUCGAGGAUGGCGGAGAGCGAGGCAGACACGCCGAGCACGCCGAUUGAGUUUGAGAGCAAAUACUUCGAGUUUGAUGGAGUGCGGCUGCCGCCCUUCUGCAGAGGGAAGAUGGAGGAGAUCGCCAACUUCUCUCUCAGAAGUAGCGACAUCUGGAUCGUCACCUACCCAAAGUCAGGCACCAGUCUACUUCAGGAGGUUGUGUAUCUCGUGAGUCAGGGAGCAGAUCCCGACGAGAUCGGCCUCAUGAACAUCGACGAACAGCUGCCGGUUUUAGAGUAUCCUCAACCAGGUCUGGAGAUCAUCCAGGAGCUGACCUCCCCUCGUCUGAUCAAAAGCCAUCUCCCGUACCGAUUCCUCCCUACAGCCAUGCACAAUGGAGAGGCCAAGGUGAUCUACAUGGCUCGUAACCCCAAGGACCUGGUCGUCUCUUACUACCAGUUUCACCGCUCUCUCAGGACCAUGAGCUACCGCGGGACCUUCCAGGAGUUCUGCCGUCGCUUCAUGAAUGACAAACUGGGAUAUGGUUCCUGGUUUGAACACGUUCAGGAAUUUUGGGAACACCGUAUGGACUCCAAUGUUCUCUUCUUGAAAUAUGAAGACAUGUUCAAGGAUCUUGGAAAUCUUGUUGAGCAGCUAGCUCGGUUCUUGGGUGUUUCCUGUGACAAGUCUCAGCUAGAGGGCAUGGUGGAGAGCUGCAACCAGCUGAUCGAGCAAUGCGGCAACUCUGAGGCGCUGUCCAUCUGCAGGGGUCGCGUCGGUCUGUGGAAAGACGUUUUCACCGUCUCCAUGAACGACAAGUUUGACGCCGUGUACAGACAGAAGAUGGGAAAGUCUGACCUGAUGUUCGACUUCGCCCUGUGAGGAUCCAUCUUCACCUUUCCUCACCCCUCCUCCUCCUCCUCCACCGAUCUACUUCAGAACAUCGACGAUCGCACACCUUCUGCCAAAAACUCACAAUCGUACAUCCUCACUGAGUUCACUCUGACAACAGGAUCACAUGACAAGACUUUACCCAGAAUGCAUCUGUGUGAAAACAGCUCAUCAGACACCAUACCUGAGUGGAUAGAGUGAGAGUAAUCCAGUUUAAACCAAACCUCCCCAAAGCCCCCUCCCUCUACGUGUUUCCUCUGUAAACGACAGGGUUUGACCAAUAUCGCAUUAGGAAGGCUGAUUUAAUCCUGAUGAACCAAAGAACGGGUCCAUAUUUAUGUUUAAAUCCCACAGCGUGCUCAUUAUCAGGGACUGAAACUAAUGCUAAUACAUUGGUGACACUUUACCGUAGAGUACAAUGAAACUGGAACGGUUGAAGAAUAACUAACUAGGUUAGACUGGUUCAGUUAUUAGAAACUACUCAGUAUGAUGAUCAAGUGAAAGCUAGCAGUGACUUUACAAAAUUCAAUGGUGAGUUACUCACUAUCUACACAGUUAACGAGCACUUAAGUCCUGAUUUAUUACCAAAUAACAAUACAACAAUUAUAAUACUGUGUCGAAGGCACGAAUGUUUCGUACUGUGCUAAAUCCACCAAAGUUGAUUCUCCAUUGACUAGAAACCACGCCAAUUUUUGGUACUUUAUUGUAAAGUGUUACCGAUAUUUAUGAAUGAAAAAGACAGAAAAUCACAAGUUGACACAUCAGGAGAGGGAAGAAAACAACAAAGUAAUUUGUUCAUAUUUCUUUUGUUGUAUUUCUCCCUUUAUGUCAAGUCAAAUAUCAGUUGAAGGUCGAGAGCAUCCGCAGUCAUCAGGUGAAGUCAAACCCAAAUAUAUGAAUACAGGUGCAUCUCAAAAAGUUAGAACCUCAUGUCCAAGUUCAAUUUAUGUAUUCUAGAUUCACCUCAUACAACUUAGUCAUGAUAUUCAAAUUUUUUUCUGAUGCACCUGUAUAAUCCUUAAAUCCACCCAGAGAGAGACUGUUGUGUGUUUGUUGGUUAAGUGCUGCAGACUCCAUCGCCAAAGUGCGUACGAACGUUCGUGUGUUUGAGAAACACACAGGAAAAGAGAGAUAGGUAAAACAAAGUAUGCACCAGAGUCCCUAAGCUGAUUUAAAAUCAAUGAAAUGCUUUUAUAAAUCUAUAAAAGCCUAGAUAGUCUACUAUACAGCUAUGUUUAAAUAAGCAGAGUUCCUAGAGGUAGAUGUAGGAUUAGAUUUCACUAAAGAGGCCAAAAAUCAAACAGUCUGAUGUGUGACCUGCUCUGUAGUGUAAAAGUUUAUAUCAUCAGAAUUAUUAAUUGAUUUAAAGAUGCUUUAAUAUCAAAUUAUAAAUCAGGAUAAUUGAUUCCUGAAAAGCUGGCAUUUUAUUUGCUAUCUUGUGUCCAAGCAUGGAGGUUACACUGCCAUCAGCUGUGGCUGUUUUGGCAAUUAACGCCUAUCACCCUCUAGUGGUGGAAACAAGCAACCACAGCUUGAUUACAAAGAUUUAAAGCCUGUCUGAAUGAAAUUCAAGACAAAGCCCCUUUGUUUUUUAUCAUUUUAUUCUCUCUUUUAGGGUUAAAUAAGAAUGAAUAGAUAAAAUCUGAUGCUUCAGGGUGACUCAUGGGCAAACAUGCAUGUUACCCUGAGGAAAUAUCAACGCCUGUGAAGCUCUACUAAGAUGUGAUCGCUGCAGGUUUAACACAAUGGAGGCAGAUAAAUCUGCAUUAAGUCAUAUGUUAAUGGAGGUGAUAUACAAAGGCAAUUGCACAAGCAGAAGAAGCUUAAAGCUCCUAUGAAGACCUUUGUCAAGAAGUUAACACAUUAUAAACAGGAAAUAAAAAUACUGGAUUAAGAAAAACUACAUUGACAAGCUUGUAGCAGCAACAGGAAGCUAAAAACAGAUUAAUAUACUGGGACAAAUGGGAAUUUCCUGCACAUGGGCAUUAAAACCCCUGUUUUAGCAGCCUGUCACAGCUUAAAGCAUUUAAAAACACUUCACCGUGUGAGGGACAACACUGAUGGAGGAUCCAGGCCCACCAUGGUCGAGUCUUUUUCAUUUUUUUUACCUUAAGAAGAGUAUUUAAAAAAUGGAUAUACUGGCAACACACCAGUAUAUUGAUUUGGUACAUCCCAUAUAAGCUUUGUUUCAGACUGGGUGUGUGGUGGCUGCGUAGCAGCUGCAACAUUUGCAUGUUCACAAGUCAAGGUUUCCAGACUGCCUUCAUGGGCGUCUCAUCUUAAGAAUAGCAGGCUGGUCUGUUUUUACUGUGAGCUGCAUGUCUAAAAUAGAAAGGAUCAUGAUAAACAGAGCUGUAUUUAGCAGAUAUGUACAACAGGGUUUUUCCUGUAUGCAGAAUUACAAGGGAAAGCAAAUUUCGGGAGUUCCCUGCCAAAAAGACAGAAAGUUUCCUAAAUUUCCAAGAUUUUCUUCCCUGCUGAAGAAAACAUGACAUGGACGAAUGCUUGUCUUUAUGUGCAAGAUGAUGAACGCACUUGUUCCUCUCAGCUUAAUGCCAUAGGAUUGGUGUAUGUAAGGGCAGUGCCCCUAGAUAACAUGCACCCGCUUCCACUGCCUCCCUCUGUUAUGGGCGUUAUGGGCGUGAUGCUCCCACAAACCCCAUUUAAUAAGACAGAGAGAGGCGGUGGUAAACGAUGUGAAGCAACAGCUUAACUCAAGUCAGUGAUCAUUGGUAUUUGUUAGAUAUUUCAUAAUCCUCCAGUCAGAAGCUAGAGCUGCAGUUUCAUUUAAUCCAUUUAUCAAAAAGUUAUAUCAAACAAAGAGGAAUAAGCAGGAUGUUAAUCCUCUUACAAUGUAAACUUAUCACAGAAAGGGUUGACAGUCAGUGUUUUAUUAUGGACAUGAAAUUUAACAUCUAUUAAAGAGAGGGUAGGAAAAAAGGGUUUUUUAAGGUAAUAACACUUUUUGAGGACAUCUAAAAUCUUUACCAGGAGGUCAGACCAGUUGGAAAUGAUAGUUUUCCAGUCAAAUUGGAAUCGCUGCAUCUCUGGUUGAAGUACUACAAGAGCUCAAGCUUGUUUAAAGAGGAAAACAUAUUUCAAAGAUUUAGCCUCUUCAUUUUGCUCUCAAAGUGCACUUUAUUGAUGCAUUUAUAAGGAAUUUGAGAAAUGUUAUUAAUUAAAAACUUACAGUGCCCCCAAACCCUCCAGCAAAUUUUGGGCCUCUAGCUCAAUUUGAGCCAGGAAAAACCCUGGCAUAUGCCCUAGUGAUGGGAAAUACAUCUAUUUUUAGUGAUCCGGGUCAUUCAGCUCAGCUCAGUAAGAAAAGCUGACUCUUUCAGCUCCCAAACGACUCGCUAUGUUUAUACUUCACUUAUGUUUGAUUUUUUUGAUCAAUGAAAAUUCACGUCAUUAUUUUUCAAAAUGUGCUGUUUCCUGAAAAUACACUGUGGGUCAGACAAAAUUAUAUAAACGUUCAUGUGAAAGAGUCGGCUCUUUGUACCGGCUCGUUCACGAACACAUCACUAAUAUGUCUACAUCAGUAGAACGUGCCACUGGCAAAACGUGUCUGUUCAAUAAAGUUGUUAUGCUGGAGCGUUCUGUUUCCACAUCAGUAGAAUAUGUGACAGGGAAUAUAAACAGCACAAGUGUAUUUCCAGUUUGAACUUUUCAGAGUAACAGCCUGGUUUAGCAUUUCUGUGGAGAAACUCCCCUCGUUUAUAGAGACUGCUUUUAUUCUGAAGUUCCCCCGGCUCAGCUGAGCAGUAAGUCAAGCUGCUUGUAGGGAGAUUUAUUGAGGUAAAACUGAUGAAGAAAGACAGUAUGAAGGUGGUGAUGGCACAAACACAAGCGGACAUGCGCUGCAGAUGUCACACUGCAAGCAUGCACCCAGUCUGAAAAGAGUUUGAGAGAGUGCAUCCAUCGAAAUGCACAUUUGAUGGCUGAUUUUUAUUAUCAUUACUAUCAUACCUGCCUGCUGUCUUACAUCUAGAUGUUUUGCAUCAAGCCGCCCCCUGCUGGCUGUUAGAAAGAAUGCACAUUUAAGAUAUUUGCACAUGUCUUAACUUUAUCAGGACACAUCCACUUCUUUCUGUGGUUGAAAUGAGUGAAAAAUAACAACAAAACUCUUGAUUUUCCUCUUCUGUUUCUGUGCUCUCUUGUAAACUUUGGGUGUUUUUGCUGCAGGAGAGGAGAGAGCUGAGUAUUCAGACAUAACCAGCAUUAACUACUCAGCCAAUCACAGACAUCAACUUGAGACGUCACUUACAAACACUCCUCCUUCUCUUCCUCUUCCUCAGUAGAUUCCUGUCCUCCAGGCUGGUGCGUGCGCUCUUCAGACACUCGUGAAUGUCUUUAUUGUGUGGAUGUAAACGACAACACUCGUCACGCGGCCUCUUUUACAGCUCCUCCUCAUUGUUCUCUCUUUUCUCUGCGUCACUCUGUUUACAGCCGUUGGCAGGGCUCCUCCGUCCAUCUCCUCUUUAUGUUUGAGGUUGUUUUUUUUUUAAUACAUGCCUGCCUCCGUUUCCUGGGCGUCUUGUGUUUUACA